UCUGUUGUCUCUAAAUAAGUUUGUGUAGUCUAUGCAAAAACUCAUUCUUUCUCUGUCAAAAUGGCUGCCGUGCAAGAAGCGAGACGCGAACCAAUUCAGGCCGUCCAAGUCUUCGGACGCAAGAAAACCGCAACAGCCGUAGCUUACUGCAAGCGCGGUCAUGGAGUACUUCGUGUAAACGGACGUCCGCUAGAUUUAGUGGAGCCCCGUCUACUUCAAUACAAAUUACAGGAGCCUAUCCUUCUGCUUGGCAAGGAAAAGUUCUCCGGUGUCGACAUCAGAGUCACUGUCAAGGGAGGUGGUCACGUCGCCCAGGUCUACGCCAUCAGACAAGCUAUUUCCAAGGCUCUUAUUGCCUUUUAUCAAAAAUAUGUAGAUGAAGCAUCAAAGAAGGAAAUCAAAGAUAUCCUCGUUCAAUACGACAGAAGUUUGUUGGUCGCUGACCCCAGGCGCUGCGAGCCCAAGAAAUUCGGUGGUCCAGGUGCUCGUGCCAGAUACCAGAAAUCUUACCGUUAACACCGCACCUUUCCGCACCGUGUGGUAUCGUAUUGGCUGCGCGUGGUCAUUACGAUAUCAUUGGGUGGUUUUAAAAAUAAAAAAAAAGUAAAACCAUA